GGAUGCUGAAGAUGACAAUGAAGAUUCCAAUAGCUUAUCUGAUGGGCAAUGGUCAUUUGAAGAAGAAGAGACAAAAUCUCGAUUCACUAACUACUCCCUCACGUCAUCAGUACUGCCACGGAGCGAAGCUUUGCAGACUUUAGACGAACGGUUUGAAAAGUUAUUUGAGCAGUAUGAUGAUGCUGAAAUAGGAGCUUUGGACGGUGAUGAUAUUGCUGGUUACUUGCAUACUGAAAGUAGAGUUGUUAACCAACUUGUGGAAGAUUACCAGGCUCACAAACAACAGUGUACAUUGAAGGAAUUUAUCAAAAACAAGUUUGAAGGAUUGGAAACAGGGACUGUGGAACAAGCUGAGAAAGAGGAACUUAUAAAAAUCUCUGUCAAUGAAAAAUCAAAGGAAGAACAGUGGGAUUGUGAAUCAGUAUUAAGUACUUACUCUAAUUUGUACAACCACCCAAAACUUAUUACAGAACCAAAAAAUAAGCCCAAACCAAUUGUGGUUUCUGAGAGGUCAGGUGUCCCAACAGAUGUGUUUGCCAGCAAUAAGCUUACAAAAAAACACCUGAGGCAGUUAAAUGAAGAGAAUCAUGACGAUGUUUCCAAUAGUGAACAAGAAUUAAGAGUGAUGUCUGUAGCAAGUAGGAACUCUGUUGCAAGUACAAUUAGACCUAAAAAUGAAACACCUGAAGAUCGCAAGGCCCGGAAGUGUGCUGUGAAGCAGUACCAGAAAGAGAGGAGAGCUGAGAAGAAAGCCAACAAGUUAGCUUUCAAGAUGGAGGAGAAAAGACAGGAACAGAUUACCCUAAAUCUUCACCAGAAUCUACAAGGGAUUAAGUUGAACUAAAAUACCUGAGAUGAUGAUCAUCGUGAAAAUGUGUAGCAAGUCCCUUCCUUUGUACAUACUCACACAAUAUAAAGAUCACCAGUUUCUUCUCAAUA